UGGCAGGGACGCACUGCGGGACGGUGGCUCUGCGGUGGAUGCAGCCAUUGCAGCCCUGUUGUGUGUGGGGCUCAUGAAUGCCCACAGCAUGGGCAUCGGGGGUGGCCUCUUCCUCACCAUCUACAACAGCACCACGUGAAAAGCUGAGGUCAUCAAUGCCCGCGAGGUGGCCCCCAGGCUGGCCUUUGCCAGCAUGUUCAACAGCUCGGAGCAGUCCCAAGAUGGGGGGCUCUCAGUGGCGGUGCCCGGGGAGAUCCGAGGCUAUGAGCUGGCACACCAGCGCCAUGGGCGUCUGCCCUGGGCUCGCCUCUUCCAGCCCAGCAUCCAGCUGGCCCGCCAGGGCUUCCCCAUGGGCAAGGGCUUGGCAGCAGCCCUGGAAAACAAGCGGACCGUCAUUGAGCAGCAGCCUGUCUUGUGUGAGGUGUUCUGCCGGGACGGAAAGGUGCUUCGGGAGGGGGAGAGACUGACCCUGCCGCGGCUGGCUGACACCUACGAGACGCUGGCCAUCGAGGGUGCCCAGGCCUUCUACAACGGCAGCCUCACGGCCCAGACUGUGAAGGACAUCCAGGCGGCCGGGGGCAUUGUGACAGCUGAGGAUCUGAACAACUACCGUGCUGAGCUGGUCGAGCACCCGCUGAACAUCAGCCUGGGAGACGCGGUGCUGUACAUGCCCAGUGCGCCGCUCAGCGGGCCCGUGCUGGCCCUCAUCCUCAACAUCCUCAAAGGGUACAACUUCUCCCGGGCAAGCAUGGACCCCGAGCAGAAGGGCCUGACGUACCACCGCAUUGUAGAGGCUUUCUGGUUUGCCUACGCCAAGAGGACCCUGCUUGAGGACCCGAAGUUUGUGGAUGUGACUGAGGUGGUCCGCAACAUGACCUCGGAGUUCUUCGCUGCCCAGCUCCGGGCCCAGAUCUCUGAUGACACCACUCACCCGAUCUCCUACUACAAGCCCGAGUUCUACACGCCAGAUGACGGGGGCACUGCUCACCUGUCUGUUGUCGCAGAGGACGGCAGUGCUGUGUCCGCCACCAGCACCAUCAACCUCUACUUUGGCUCCAAGGUCCGCUCCCCGGUCAGCGGGAUCCUGUUCAAUAAUGAAAUGGAUGACUUCAGCUCUCCCAGCAUCACCGAGUUUGGGGUGCCCCCCUCACCUGCCAAUUUCAUCCAGCCAGGGAAGCAGCCGCUCUCGUCCAUGUGCCCGGCGAUCAUGGUGGGCCAGGACGGCCAGGUCCGGAUGGUGGUGGGAGCUGCUGGGGGCACACAGAUCACCAUGGCCACUGCACUGGCCAUCAUCUACAACCUCUGGUUUGGCUAUGACGUGAAGCAGGUCGUGGAGGAGCCCCGGCUGCACAACCAGCUUCUGCCCAACGUCACGACAGUGGAGAGAAAUAUUGACCAGGCAGUGACUUCAGCCCUGGAGACCCGGCACCAUCACACCCAGAUCGCGUCCACCUUCAUCGCUGUGGUGCAAGCCAUCGUCCGCACGGCUGGUGGCUGGGCAGCUGCCUCGGACUCCAGGAAAGGCGGGGAGCCUGCCGGCUACUGAGUGCUCCAGGAGGACAAGGCUGACAAGCAAUCCAGGGUCAAGAUACUCACCAGGACCAGGAAGGGGACUUUGGGGGACGGGUUUCCCCUGUGAGCAGCAGAGCAGCACAAUAAAUGAGGCCACUGUGCCAG